AUGCGGCAGCUGUGGAAGGUCGUGGGCGGAGCGGACCAGGGGAUCCUGGUCCGCGAGGGCCGGGACCUCCAGAGCCCGGCCUGCGCCGAGCGCCUGCGCUCCGGCGCCCUGGUGGAGGAGCUCGAGCUGCGUGUAGGAAGGCUCCGCUUCCGGAAGUAUGCGGGCGAUGGCCCUCUAGAAGGCUGGGCGAGCGUCAGCUUGGCCUCCGGGAAGGUUCUGCUGGUGCGGGUGGCGGAGAUGCCCUGGCCCUUGAAACCUCGGGACGAGGAGGUGUGGAGGAUGGAGCUCCAGCCCGAAGUUUUCCAGGUCCUCCGUGACAAGGUCACGGAGCCCCGGAAUUCUGGCGAGUACAACUCCUUCUUCCCCAGUGCCGGCCACUUCCGUUGCGCUGGUUGCCAGACGCCGCUGUACUCCCCGCAGUCGAAGAUGAAGGCCAACUGCGGGUGGCCAGCCUUCUCGAAGUGCUACACGCUUGAGGCAGAAGGCCUUGCAUCGGUGGUCGCCCAGGUGGACUGGACAUCGGGAGGCCGCGAGAUCCUCUGCCGCAACUGCGGUGGGCACCUUGGCCACGUCUUCAUGGACGGAGCCUUCCAUGGAGGCGACACUCCCGAGAGGCACUGCGUGAACUCGCUUUCCGUGGUAUGGGUGGAAGAGCCCAAGGCUCUGGAAGAAGUGGUCUGUGAUAUGCGGACUUUCGAGCGUCAGCUUCGUGAGCACAGACGCCAGGAUGAAGAGCAUUUCCCAAACACAUUGAACAUGAUUGAGCUAGGAUCUUGA